GAAUAGAUCGCCUGUUCACUUAGAAAGUGCCUGCCUUCUGUUCUUAUUGCUAAUGGUCUUUCAAGCAUGUUAUCUACAGGAUCCAGUACAAAUUGUAACUUCAGUUUAACUGUGAACUACACAGGAGCAGCAUCCACACACUUGGGUGUGAAUUCGAAGAGUUACAAUACCCUAAUGCAAACAUAUUUCUAAGCAUAUCAUAUUCAAUAUUUAUACAUAAUUAAGAAAAGUCGUUAUAAUUGUUCACCAUGCUGCAAGAAACAUUAAAACCACUGACAACGACGAUGAAGAUAUUCGGUAUUUACCAUGUAACCUACUCUACCAAGGUGGUAUCAACAAGUAUGGAAACAUCGCAAACUGAACCAAAAGAACGCGUGUUGAAACACAUCUUUUGUCUAAGAACACACAGUUUUCUACUAACAGUUUUGGUUUGGGCUAACUUCUUGCGAUGCAUUUCAAGUCUUUUGCCAGUCAACUCUAAUCUUAAUUUUAGAAUCAUAAUUAUGACGUGGUUGGGACUCGUGGCAUCUUGUUCAACCAUCAUGUUCGUGGCUUGUCAAAAGUCAUCGCAUCUGCCGUCCUUUUACAAGCACUGGAAUGACAUGUGUGAAAAAGCUGACGCCCUAUUGAUGAAUGCCAAGUUCACAAACUUCUCAAAAGCUGCAGUUACUGGAACUGUUCUGAGUAUGAUCAUUGUACUCACAAACCUUUCCGGUAUUCUUUUUCUUAUUUACUGGGAAGAUAUGGGACUAGAAGAAGAUGCCAUUUGGCCAUUUACCCCGUCUACCGCCACUACGGUCGUACUUUGUUUUAUUAUGAUUCUUGCAUCUGGCAUACAUGUCCUUUAUUUCUUUUUUUUAAUUACUCUUUGCUACAUAAUCAAAUCUUGUUUUUACAAACUGUCAGAAUUUCUAAGAAAACAGAUCAAAGAUGGCGGAGAACAAAUUCCCAGAUGUUUGCGAGAGUGUCGUCUGCUACACGUGUAUCUGUGUGAAUGUGUCGCUGUGCUGGAUCGGACGUUCGGGAUACUGAUAGCAAUUGUACUUGCCACCAACGUUCCUAUGGCCUGCUUCAUCCUGUACCAGUUUAUCAACUACAAGCUCAGUGUCGUCAUCAGCCUCGUGUUCACCUUCUGGAUGGGAACCACCGUGCUCACAAUAGCGGCGACUACGAUCAGUGCAGCACUCGUACACGAGGCGGCUCAUUCGCCGAUAGAUCAUAUUUUCAAACUGCAGACCAACGGAGCAAACAUGGACGAAUCCAUUCAGAUCGCUGGUCUGUUCUUGACGUACUUCGUUCUUUUACUCCAGUUUAGAAUCAGCUAAAGGUGGACAGUUUCUCCAGUGAGCACUUCUACACCAUGACGCUUGAAACAAUUAUUACUAAGCGUUGUAUCCAGGGUGCAAAACGUUUUUUGUUCUUUCGAAAAAUGGACCCGGCGUGCUGUAAAAGAUUGACCACCUAAAAUCACAGGAUCACAACCUAGGUGGACAACAUUGCCAACAAACUACUGGAAAUGGGUAAAUCGCUGUUAAAUACGAUGCCCCUGUGCGAUAAUCAUGCUGUGUUUUCAGAUAAUUAUUUUAACUGCGAUAAUCAUGCUGUGUUUUCAGAUAAUUAUUUUAAUUACUAAAUGAUAGCUCUGUGAACGUGUUGUGGUGACAUACAGUGGCAAUAUGAAAUGAAGAACAUAAGGCUGGGUUUCCAUAGAAGUUCACUUUUCACGUGUCAUGAUUCACUUUUCACCAUUCAAGCUCGAACUGAAAAACGAACAAGUCAUUUUCAAAGUGCAGGCCACAUAGGAAUUCACGUGUCACUUUACACCUUCAUGUCAUGGGUCACACGUGAAUAAAGAAACGAACAUGCUCGUUUUUGUGACAUGAACAGCGAAGUUCAGUUACACUAGAUUUGUAAGUAUUCCUUUUUAAAUAAAUUUAUCCUUGUUGUUUGGCAAAACUAGUUUUGUAAUUGCGAAAUGAACCUACAUAAAUAAAACGUUAUUACAUUAUGUUGGAAAUGUAAAUACUGUAAUUUCUUGCUGCAUGGAUUUUGGGUACAUUUUACAAAAAUCUUUAAUUGGUGUUUGGUUGCUAACUGGGUGGAAAUGAUAUGAUAUGAUAUGAUUAUGGUAUGAUAUGAUAUGGUAUGGUAUGAUAUGGUAUGGUAUGGUAUGGUAAUUAUGAUCAUCCACAGGAAAACGAAAGUUACAAAUGAACUCAGUCCACGUGAACUUAGUGGAAUCAUCAUGAAAAUAGUUUGUGAAACGUUAUCAGGACACCCAGCCCAACAAGAUGAAAUCACAAUCUUUACAUCCACAAUUGUUUCUUUGUUGACUGAUGAUUCUCUACAAAAAAUUAAAUGUUUUUUUUUUCUUCAGUUUAUGAAUAUGCAUAAAAGAAACAUUUGUUUGAAUGAAUGAAUAAAUGAAUGAAUGAAUGUAUUAUAGCUUGAUAACCGUUUUGAAUCAAGACAACAAUAUUUACGCCCACAACAUUAAUUUUUGCCUCUCGCAUUCAGGGUCACAGGGCGGGACGUAGCCCAGUGAUAAAGCGCUCGCCUGAUUCGCGGUCUGUCUAGGAUCGAUCCCCGUUGGUGGACCCAUUGAGCUA